ACCGUGGGACGUUAGGGAAGAUAUCCUCCUCCAUCUGCUCAUCUGAGCUGUAAACGGGGAUCAGCAUCUCUUCCCUAUCAAGACUUGAUAGAGGGUGCAGAAGAGAGGUAAGACCCGCACGCUUUUCUUCUCGGCACAGGUACACUUCAGUUUAGUUCAAAAAUUCAUCCAGCUGCAGCAGAAUGUUUAAAAAAGUCACCCAAUCCAUAGCAAACCAAGUAGAACCAGGAAGAGACCUGAUCGCAGUUCACAGCCUCAUGGACCAUGAACGUUUCAGACUCCUCUGCCUAGUGGUGAAAAAAAAAAAAGCCAUAUUCCACCUAUCUCCCAGCUACAGACAGACAUGCUACAAACUUGACGAUGUGUUGCUACCUGGAGGUGCUAAAAGCACAGAGUCCUUCUUUCCCAGAGGAGAUGGCCAAGGUACAUGGCAAUUUACAAUCAAAAAAAGAUUCAGUGACAACGUUGAUGGGAGUCUAAGCUUUUCUGUUGACCCUGCAAGCUCAGAGGUGAAAGGAGGUGCCUCUUUGUCCAAAGAGUGGUCUGUCAAGCUGGAGAAGAAGGACAUAGAAGUACCAAAACUUCAGGCACUCCAAACAGAAAGAAAAAUUAAUAUGAAUCACUCCUUCAUUCAACAACUACAGAAAACAGACCAAAAAUUAUACAUCGUUUAUGAAACAAUAGAAACCUUAGAGGAGACCAGCUUCGAGGAAUCCACCAAGAGAGAUGGGAGCUUCACCUUUCAACUUUCUGCCAAGUUUUGCGCAAAGGGUAACCGUAUGCGCAAUGUAGGCAUAACUAUACCCAAGGGCUGCAUCGUAGCAUUCAAGGCAAUCCAGCUGGACCUUAAAGACAGACAAUGGGAUCUUGACUAUUUCCCAAAACACGAGUCAAGGAUAUUAUCUGAUGGUUACUCACAAGGACAAUUAAACACACUGAAGGUAGAAGUUAAAAAGAAUUGUCAAAUUCUUUUCAAUUUGUCUUCUGAUCUGUCCGCCAUAUUUUUAAAAGCCAUCAAAGCUGUGAUGAUUGACAGGAACCUCUUUGAAGAGCUGACCCAGAAAAUGGAAGCAGCUCUUGAUGAAACUGAUACCUGUGAGCUGAAAACAGAAAGCCCUGACUUAAAAGACCUGCUGAGCAACUUACAGUAUCCUUUAAGAUGUCAUCUCCUUAAGCUGGCAGAAGCAAUCACCUACAUUCUUGACGCUUUAGAUGUGCUAAUGGAGGAUCAGCUGCUGCUACUGCUGGAGUCUUUGGAAGAGAAGAUUGUGCCCCAACAGCUUAAGCUGGUUGAGAAGAUCUUGGAACAAGACAUAGAAGGCAGGAGGGGCUGUUUCAGCACGAAUGCCAGCUUGUUCUCCUUCUCACAAGAGAAGAAAGAAAAAUUAACUAUUGAAAUGGUUGAGAUGAGUGGAAUGAAGCUCCAGAAAAAUGGAUUUGAGGUUUAUACAGAAAAAGCCUUUCCAGUCGUGGCAGCCCUGUAUGUGUCUCUGUACGUCCUCAAUCUUCUGACUAACUCAGGUUAGGUUAUGCAUGUCCUCCCAUUAGGGGUAAAUCUGAAAGUCUCUUGCUGCAACCCAGCUUCUCUCUCCAAACUUCACCCCUACACAGGUUAGCCGUUCCUUAUGAAUGCUCAGUGCUGCUUUGAAAUAAGUAGAAAAACUAGACUUAAGGCAAGAAAACCCCUUAUGGAAGCCAGAAGCUGAAUACCAAAAGUGGCUUUUCUUUUCCCUCCCACAUGACUGCAGAGUGCCAACUGAAAAAUCCACUAGCCCAAAUAGUCAUAAGCCUGUCAGCUGUGCUUUAUGUGACCCUGGUUUUCCUAAAAAAUGCUAGCAUACAUUCAUGCAAUCAAUAAACCACUUACCCAGGUCACAUUUGUGAUUCACCUGUGACUCAAUAAGCUGGUGUUAGAAAGCUUUAAGACCUCAAGAGCAUUUUAAUGACCUGCACCUGGCAAAAGAGCACCUCCAUCACACACCCCACCGGCAGCAGCAAGGAAUAAACGACAACAUUUCAGAACAGUGCUACAAAUACUUUGAUUACUACUUUAUAAAUAAAGGCAGUAACUUAUCACUGAAUAGCUGAACAUUCUUAAAACCAACUUUUAAAUAUGCUGGUAUUUUCACUCACCCAGCAGUGCUGCCUACCUGCUUCUCCGGGGGGAAUGGGGUGCCGAUACCAAAUUUGGUCAAGAAAGAAUAUUCAGAUGGAAUAAAUCUCUUUGUGUAAAACUUGUAUAAACAAGUGGAACAUGACAAGGGAUGAGUAGGGUGCAUCUGCGCAUCCUGACCUCACUAGCUGACACAAGCAUUAUUUUACUGAGAUGCUUCUCUGGCUUCAUAGAUAAACAGCAUCUUGCACGCCAUGCAGGCAUAGUUUCACAAUGUAUUAGCGCAAGUAUUAGAAUUCCAGAAAUAAAUGUGCAAUUCAUGGAAA